CACGUGUGCAAUUUUUGACAGUUCUGCGACAACAACAAUUCUAAAAAUUGGUUUCUAUUCAGUUUAUUUCCUAUUCUCCAGUAAAAGUUAAAAUUCCAUCACCAAAAUGGCUAAAGAUAAACCUCAGAAGCCUCGUAAGGUGAAUAAAAAUGAAGGUACAGAGGAAAAGUCCAAUGACAAUUCGGCGUCCAGCAGUUCUGCUAUUUGGCAAGAUGAACGUUUCCAGCACCUGGUCAGUGAUCCACGCUUUCGGGGCAUACCAAAGGUGCAGCGAAAAGUCAAGAUCGACAAACGCUUCCAGAGCAUGUUCACAGAUGAAAAAUUCAAAGUGAAAUACACUGUAGACAAGUAUGGGCGGCGUGUAAACAAAAGCAAUGCUGAAGAUUUACGCAAGUACUAUGAGCUUAAUUCAUCCGAUUCAGAAGCAGAAGAAGAUGUGAAGGAACGAACUGAACCAGCAAAACAUGAAGAUUCUGAUGGGGAAGCACAAGAAGAGUUGGAACGCCGCAAGGAGGAGAAAGCGAUUAGUCGUGAUGCUGAUCAUUCCGGAGUGAGUAUGCCGAGCGAAGAGGAACAAGAUGAAAAUGAUAAGCUUGCUAGUGAUGGCGAAGACGUGCCAAAAACACUGAAGGAACGUUUAUUAGAUCCUGACAUCGAUUACGCGCGAGGUGAGGGUCGCCUUAUUACCGAUUCGUCGUCAGAUGAUGAGUCUAGUGAAGAAGAAGAUCCUGAGGCGAAUAUUGAUCAUAUAUGGGGAGAGCUAGAUCAGGAAGCAGAAACAACAGAAGAAUCUACAAACAGGCUGGCUGUUUGUAAUAUGGAUUGGGAUCGUAUACGUGCAGUCGAUUUAAUGGUGCUAUUUAGUUCCUUUCUACCACCAGGGGGUAGUGUUUUGAGCGUGACAAUAUAUCCAUCUGAAUUUGGCAAAGAGCGCAUGCAGCAGGAGGAAAUACACGGGCCAACAGAGUUGGUCGGCUUGGGAAAUGAUAUAAACAACGAGAAGAAUACGAAUUUCGACAACGAAUCGGACGAGGAAAUCGUCAAAGAGCAAGACAGCGACGCUGAAGAAGGCGAUGAUUAUCACAUGGAAAAGCUUCGCCAGUAUCAAUUGAAUCGCCUACGAUACUAUUACGCCGUGGCAGUUUUUGAUAGUGUCGCAACGGCGGAUAAAAUUUAUAAAGAAUGCGACGGCAUUGAGUAUGAAAGUUCAGCAACACGCGUCGAUCUGCGCUUUAUACCCAAUGAUACUAGUUUCGAUGAAAAUGAACCCACUGACAUGUGCACAGAUUUGCCCGAUACGAAUAGCUAUAAGCCGCGACAGUUUACAACAACAGCCUUGCAGCAAGCUAAGGUAGAUUUAACAUGGGAUGAAACGGCUUUGGAAAGGCAAGAGUUAGGCGAAAAAUUGGCCAGCGGAAAAUUAAAUGAAGUGAGUGACAAGGAGCUCCGAAAGAUGAUCGCGUACAGCAGCGAGGAUGAAGAAGAGGAUAGCGGAGAUACAGAAGAAAGCGGGCAAGCAAAUGGGAAGGAGCAUACCAGUGAGAGCAAUGACAAUGGCAAUGAAGCGCAAAAAACAGAGAGGCCGAAACGUAAAAAGGACGACAUUAUCAACAAAUACAAGGCACUACUUGCAGAAAUCAACGAAAAAGAGGAGCAAAAAAAGAAAAACAAAUUUGAAAUGGAAAUAAGCUGGAAUGUUGAAGAAAAGAAAGACGACAAAGACAAGGAAGCAGAAGAUUCUGAAGACAGCAAGAAAAAACCACAGCUGACACCCAUCGAAAAAGUUUUGCAAAAGCGUAGUGAGCGCAACAAGCAGCGCAAGGAGGAGCGCAAGAAGAAUAAAAUGCAAGCACGUGGAUUGGAUCCAGAUGCAGAUGACUCUGCUGAUUCGGACAGCAUACCCGAUGGCAUUGAUAUGAAUGAUCCCUACUUUGCGGAAGAAUUCACUACUGGCGACUACAUUGAUCCCAAAGCAAUAAAACGCGAUAGGUUGAAAAAGCAACAAAAUGAAUCGGAUAAGCAGCAGGCUGCUGAGGAGGAGGAAAAGCAAGCGAAAGAGCUGCAGCUUUUACUGGACGAAGACGACUUGGAUGAGCAAGGCAAACAACACUUUAGCUUAGAUAAAAUAUUAAAAUCUGAACAAGAAACGAAGUCGAAAAGAAAACGACGCAAGCAAUUAAAGAAAUCAAAAUCAGCGAUUGCAGAGGAAACCAAACCAAUAGAAGAUAAUUUCCAGUUAAAUUUGAAUGAUGAACGUUUCAAGGCUGUGUUCACGUCACCCAAAUUUAAUAUCGAUCCUACUGAUUCACAUUUCAAGAAAACCAAAGCCAUGGAGUUGCUUAUACAAGAAAAAUUUAAGCGAAGACAUGAUGAUGAGAGCUUAAAGAACGGCAAUAAUGCUGCUGUAGCAGAAGUUGAGGUGAAAAGACCGAAAAAGCAGUUGGAAAAUACGCUGCUGGUAAAGAGCUUGAAACGUAAAAUUCAGAUGAAGCAGCAGAAGUAGAGUUUUAUCGUCUAAGUUAAUGCAAAUUAGUAUAUGAAAAUUGUAAGUGUACAUAUAUACUUUUUAUGUAGAUUUUACGAUUCAAUAUGUAUGCUUUAGAAUGAAUAGAACUUUGUG